AUGGUAGCGGUGGUGAGUGGCCUCUUGACGUUCCACAACAUUGGUUGUAUGCGAGCCAAGGAUCGGUCUUCAGUGAAGACAAAUGAAGACAACGUUUCGAUUAAUAUGAAAAAGUCUGAAUCCGACGAUAAUUCCAAUCACUCGACCGCCACAAUAGAGGGGCCGACCAACGCGUUAUGUCUCACCACAUCCACCACCACCUCAUUGCCCGAGAAUCGCGAGAACCGACUGACGGUGAAGGAGAAGGAGAUCUCACGGCUUGUCGAUGACAUUCAUAGAUUGCAGUCCACUAUAAUAACACUCAAAGAGACUACCGCUGCUCAGAUCACACAACUCGAGGAGAUUUUGACGCAAAAAAACAAAAUCAUUAAACACUUGGAGGAGAAGCUGGAGAAGCAGAGGGAUUACGAGGAGAUUAAGCGCGAGCUGUUGGCGCUGAGGGCCGAGUUGGGCCAAAUCGGGUCGACGGCACUGCGCGACCACAAGCCCUUUGAGAUGUAUUUACUCGAGAAGACGAAAGCGCUUCAGACGGAAAACGUUGCGCUGAAGGCGGCCAACCAGGAGUUGGGCCACUCGUUGCCCCGGCAUCUGAUACCGCCGUUUAUGCCGCCCUACCAGAGCCUCGGCAACGUCGAGACGUUCGGCUCUAUGCUGGGCGAGGAGAUCGUCAACUCGUACGCCAAGGCCUUCAAACACCGGGAGGCGCUGUUGGCCGCUCACCAGCACAGCGCAGACCAGAACAGUUCAAACCAGGCGACCGGUUCGCCGUCACCCCCGCCCACAUCCAACGACGAGGCCGAUGCCAAGUCGACCGGCAGCGUAGGCACACCCACCAGCACCAGCGCCAUAAUGGACAGGUGUAACGACGAGCCUGCGAUGAACCACCGCUCCGGCGGUGGCGGUGGCGGCGGAGGCAGUCCGGCCAGCAUUGAUAUUAGCAUUAGCGGCGCCGGCAGUCUCAACACCCGGGGCUCACCUGAGGUGUCAAUCGGAGCACAAUAUGAUAAACUUCAGCAACAAUUGAGAGUCAAUGUCGAGAAAUAUAUGAACGAAACGCUGAAUACGCUGAACAUCUCGCGCUGCGUCCGGGAGCUGCUGUCCGUCCACAACAUCGGACAGCGACUGUUCGCCAAAUACGUGUUGGGCUUAUCGCAGGGCACUGUCAGCGAACUGCUUUCCAAACCCAAGCCGUGGGACAAGUUGACCGAAAAGGGCAGGGAUUCGUACCGCAAAAUGCACGCCUGGGCUGCCGACGACCGGUGUAUAUACUUUCUGAAAGGAAUGGUCCCCAGAAAAGGUGAUUAUCUGACCAAGAAUUGCAAAGAGGCGACGACAUACAAACAGGAGGACCCGGCGGCCGAAGAGCGCAUCGCUCAGAUACUAAGCGAGGCUCAGCGGGCGAUGGUCUCGCCCAACAAGAACGGCAGCCGAGGCGGCGCCACACCGUUGCUCAACGGCGACGCCAUUCAAAUCAAGUGCGAGAAGUACAUUGACAGCCAAAACGACGCCAACAGCGACACUAGCGAUCGCGAGGACAAGAGAGACGUCCGGUCGCCGUCGUUGGCGUCGUCGCUGUACGGGCGCGGGUCGGCCGCAGAUAACGCCCGACGAGUGCUCCGGAAGUUCGAGAACGACGACAUCCCGCAGGAUAUGGUCGCCCGCAUCUAUCAGGAAGAGUUGGCGAAACUCAUUGGCCAACAGGUGGAGGAGGGCUUCCGACACCCCCAGAGCUACGACCGCACGCAGGACGAGGUGCGACAGGCGCUGGCCAUCUAUCACCAGGAGUUGUCGCGGUUGACGCAAAUGGCUUCGGCCGGAGGAGCCGGUGGCGGCCGCUCUCACUCGCCGAGUGUCGCCAAUUCAGAGCUGUUCGCCCGAUUCACGGCGGCGUCUGCGGCGGCGGCCGCAGGUCUGGUCAAUGGAUCCAAUUAUCUCAGUUUACCUCAUCUGCUGGACCCGUCGUCGCUUCCGCUGGACGUCCGGAUGCGCGCCGAGAAGCAGACGAACGGCGGGGGCGGCACUCGCGAGCCGCGCGACGCGUUCGGCUCAUCGUCGUCGUCCUCGGAGACGGAUGCGCGCCAUUCGAGUGCCUUCUCUCUCGUGAGGCCGAAGCCGGACAUCGGUAGCGGCCAUAACAAGCCCUACUCGUCGACGCCUCCGAUGGGCGGCGGCCCACAGAACGGCUCUAUACUUAACCACAGCAAUAGCGUUGACAUGAACUCCGUGGAAGACCUGAGCUCCGCCGCGUCGCCCCUCCAACGCAUGCAAUCCAUUACGAACUCACUUCUGUCCCAAUCGGCCAUACCGUCGGUGCCGAACACUCCCAACAGACCGGCCAAAGCGGUGCUGCCGCCCAUCACUCAGCAGCAGUUCGAUCAGUACAACAAUCUGAACACCGAAGACAUCGUCAAGAGAGUGAAGGAACAGUUAAGUCAAUACUCAAUUAGUCAACGAUUGUUCGGCGAGAGCGUGUUAGGCCUGUCCCAGGGCUCGGUGUCCGACCUGUUGGCCCGGCCCAAGCCCUGGCAUAUGUUGACGCAGAAGGGACGCGAGCCGUUCAUCCGCAUGAAGAUGUUCUUAGAGGACGAGAACGCCAUUCAUAAGCUGGUGGCCUCUCAGUACAAGAUAGCGCCCGAGAAGCUUAUGAGAACCGGCAGCUUCGUGGCCGGACCCACCGGCCCCGCCAUAAGUCCGGCGGUGACCCCGCGCCACGAGUCCAUCAAUCCCGUGUCGAUUAACUCCGGCUCAUCGAUAGCGGCCAUUAAGUCGACGGGUUUUAAGGCUCAAGAGAUGUCGCCCGUGAAGGCGUCCGACACGUGCCGGCAAUCGAUAAGCCCGGGCUUCUCAGACACUGCCGGCCACCGGUCCAGUACUUCCACACCCGAGCACCACAUCAUCGGCUCAGCCGCGACUGCCAUUCACUCAUCGCUCUCGACAUCGAACGCCAUCUCCUCCUCCCGUCGUCUCAACCAACCGCUCAGCACUCAUACGAACUCCAACUACAGUCGCAGCACAUCCUCAUCGCUCGCAUACAUACAGCCAUCGGUCUAUGAGAUGGCGGCGCUCACCACUGAUCUCGACACACAAAGUAUCACCACUAAGAUUAAGGAGACUCUGAUGGCACACAAUAUUGGCCAAAAGAUCUUCGGCGAAGUAGUGCUCGGCUUAUCUCAAGGCUCGGUCAGCGAACUGCUGUCCAAACCCAAGCCGUGGCAUAUGCUGAGCAUCAAAGGCCGGGAGCCGUUCAUACGAAUGCAGUUAUGGCUUAACGACUCGCAUAACAUCGAGAAACUGCAGACAUUGAAGAACGAGAGACGAGAGGCCAACAAACGGCGACGAACUCACUUGGAGGACGCCAUCGGUGGCAUCAAACCGAUGGCCGACAAUAUCUACAACUUCUCGAACUUCAAUUCGUCGCCAAACUCUUUGUCUCACUCGUCGUCGAAGGCGCUGAUGGGCGGCGGAGGCGGCGGUCGCACGGCCUACGGCUCGCCCGCCGCCAAAAAGGCGCGAAUCCUGUUCUCCGAGGAGCAGAAGGAGGCGCUUCGGGUGGCCUUCUCGAUGGACCCGUACCCCAGCACCACAACCAUCGAGUUCUUGGCCACCGAACUGAACCUAUCGUUGCGCACAAUCACCAAUUGGUUUCACAACCAUCGCAUGCGUCUGAAGCAGAUCUCGUCGGCCGGCGACGACAACAACGGCUCGAACGCCGGCUCCCAAUUGCCGUACAAUAUAGGCAGAGAUGGCGUCAACUUUGAUCCGAUUCAGUUCCGGCUACUGUUGUCGCAACGGUUGGCCGACAUCCGAGUGCACAGCGCCAGCGGUGGUGUCGGCGGUUUGUCGCCGUCGCACAGAUCCAAGUACUCGAGUCUCUACGCGACGUCACCCGUCGGGUCGCACUUGUAUGCAAACACCAACAGCUGCUCAUCUCCGGGAUCGUCGCUCCCGGAGGACGAGAUGGGAACUCUUGAUCUAAGUAUGACUACUAGUCAUCAACAGCACAGCAAAGACUUAAACCGACACUCGAUGUCAUUGAACGACGACUCGGACGGCCUGAGCGACGCCUCUGGCGACGAGUCCGUUGAACUCGACUUAAGCAAGACUUCCAGACCUAUCGGCAGCAGUCGCCGAAAGCCACAGCACGUGACCAGUUCGAGCUCCCGGCGCAAACCGGCUCAGCCCCAGUGGGUGGACCCGGGACUCGAGUUCUCCGGUGAUGAGGACGACGAUUACGACGGCAUAAGUGAUGAUAUGAUGGACGACGAGGACGACGACGACGCCUACGAUCUGGUGCAGCGCCGGGACGAAGUCAUAAACGGCGUGUGCGUCCGACAGCCCACUGAGGCCGACCUCAUGAGGAAGCGGAGGAGGGGUUCGUUAGACUACGACAACGACAGCACUGUUCGCGUGGAGCCGACGGCCGCCUUCGCUGAACACAACUUCCGUACAAAAAGUGAUGCAAAAAACAAUGGAAACGAAAGGGAAAACAAUAUCAAACGACUCGAGAAGUCGCUGGAGGAGGACGAGGAGGGCUGGGAUGACGACGACAUGGAUGAGGACGAAGUGAGACCCGUUUCGGCCAAAAUCAGUGGCAUUAACGACGACAACGUCUUAGAAGAGUGCGUUCAAUAGGAUUGAGUGCUAAACGAAAUGCCAAAAUGAAUGCUGCGAUCAAUGGGUUGACAUAAACCACAUAAAAACCAAACCAUACAUUGAUUUCUACCAUAAGAGUUGCGUUUAGUUUUUACAAUUAAUUAUCUAUUUAUGCAGUUUUUAAAACAAAAAACACUUAAAUAAAUACAUUUAAAUUAUAAAUACAUUAUUGAAAACAAUAACGGAAUAUAGUCUUGGAUUUGAUUGCGAGUCUUCACUGAGCAGACAAACAAAAUAUUAUGAAACACAGACAAUAGGGCAGCGAAAGUGUCUCCGAUAAAGUCCAAGUGCUUUUCUCCCGGUGUAAUAGUGAUGAGUGGCCUUAAAGCUCAUUAUAUCUGAUCAGAAGAACAUUAUUUUCUUUUGUCUAUUUAUUUCGCCAGAAGUUCUGGAUAUGAAUUGAAGGAAAAUGAAUAUUGGUUUCAAUGAGAACUUACAUUCAGAGUCCAAAAGUGAUAUUUAACAAAAAUACAGUAAUAAUGAUGAAUACACAGCAAAAACAGUGUGUAAAUUGACAUAUGAUUUGAAAAUUAAUUUUUAUUUAUAAUUAUAUAAUACGAUACGAUAUGUGGUAUUUAAAAAAGGUGUUGGGGU